UUAUAUAACUCUGCAUCCAGUCUAGUAUUUUAGUUCAUAUUUAAAAAAAUUAGCUAUAUAACUUUAUAAUUUCAAUGGCGUCUCUGAGACCAAAGACAUGUAUUCUUUUCUUAAACAUGGGCGGCCCGGAGAGUAAAGAGGGUGUUUACAAUUUUCUUCAACGUUUGUUUAGCGAUGGAGAUCUACUGACUCUGCCCUUUCAGUCUUUCUUGUCUAAAGUGAUUGCCAGGAGCCGAACUCGGUCGGUUCAAGAAAGUUAUGUAAAGAUUGGCGGAGGCUCUCCUAUAAAAUUCUGGUCAGAAAAACAAAGUGUACUGCUUUGUCACAGUUUGGAUAAAGUUUUACCAGAAACAGCUCCCCACAAGCCUUAUAUAUCGUUUCGUUAUGUGCAGCCCUUUUCUAAGGAAGUGGUCGACGAAAUUUGUAAAGGCCAGUUUGAGAGGGUUAUUGUUUUCCCUCAAUAUCCGCAAUAUUCGUGUUGCACUACUGGAAGCAGUCUGAACGAUUUAUACAUUUCAUUGAAGGAAACGAAGCACUCCAACGCCAUAAAGUGGUCCGUUAUAGAUCGUUGGAGCACUCAUCCCUCUUUUGUUAAGGCUUUUGCUGACUCGAUAAGGGAGGAACUGCAAUCUGGUUUUUCCGAACAGGAGAGAGAAGACGUUGUUCUUCUCUUCACCGCCCAUUCGUUGCCGCUGAGCGUAGUCUCCAAAGGCGACUCCUACCCCCUCGAAGUUGCGGCAUCAGUGAACAAAAUAAUGGAAAAUCUUUCUUAUAGAAAUCCUUUUUGUUUGGCUUGGCAGUCUAAAGUUGGGCCGAUCAGGUGGCUCAGGCCUUCUACUCUGGAAACCUUAAAGGGAUACGCUAAGCAAGGAAAAAAUAUGAUGCUAGCCCCCGUCACCUUCACAUCGGACCACAUAGAAACUCUGUACGAGCUGGACAUUGAAUUGCAGGAAGAAGUCGGACGGUCUUCUACCUUCAAACUGAGGCGUGCCCCGUCGAUGAACACACGGCCAUCCUUCAUCAAUGCCUUGACGGACAUUGUAAAAGAGCACGUGACCGUUAAUAAUUUUGCCUGCUCACCCCAACUAAGCCUAAAGUGCCAUGCUUGCACUAAUCCCAGGUGCGAGCCAACCAGACUCUUCUUUUCGCAUUCCUAUAAAUAG